UUCUUCUUCUUCUGCCUCUUCUUCUUCUGGCCAGGCGUUCAGAGUUGCUUGUUCCCCACGUCCUCGAACACCGCUGGCAGCAGAUAAAGGACCUCGCUGAGCAGAGAGGAUGUUUGUUCACAGGACGCUGUGCAGCCGUCCUGCUCUGCAGCUCUACAGACUGUUUUCCUCCAAAUCUUUACCUACUCUCACUCUGUUCACAAAGGAUCCUUGUCCUCUGUGUGAUGAAGCUAAAGAACUGCUGCAACCUUUCAAACACAGGUUCGUCCUGCAGCAGGUGGACAUCAGUCUUCCAGAAAACAGGCAGUGGUGGGAAAAGUACAAGUGGGACAUCCCGGUGUUCCACCUGAACGGCCGGUUUGUGAUGAAACACGGUGUGGAUGCCGCGCUGCUGGACAAACUGCUUCAGGAUGUGGAGAAGCAGAACCUGUGAUGAAGAUCUCCUCUGUUGAAGCUUCAAUAAAGGCCUCUGCUCCAUCA